ACUUACCACUCGGUGCCUGUAACCCGCGUAGGUCAUGGAGCGCGUGUACACUUCCUGUUGAACCCAUCGUGAUGAUCUAAACGUGUUUCAAACAGCGAAACUGGUAAAAUGGAAGGCCCAGCAGGGUCAGGUCACAUCCGAAAGAGACAGAGGGUGCGGCUGUGGCGAUGGUUGUAAUAAAGCAAGCAGCAGGUGGGACACUCCUUAAUUCCACACGGCGUUGGCAAAGUAUGCGUAAAAGCGAAGACACACCCUGUUUGGCAGGGCCAGAAAAGGAUAUGAAAUGAAUGAAGGCACUGACUAGACAGGACUAGACCAAAAGCUCCGUGGUACACCCACAAUGAAACGGAAAAGGAUUCAUCAGAGGGAAACACGCUUCCUAAGCGAAACAGUUGUAUCCCUCAAGGCGUCCCGUGCGGGAGUGAUAAGCUGCGUUCGUGGAAAGACGUUUGUCUAAUCUUGUAUUCUUAAUUGUCGGAUUGACCACUUGUUUGUCGAAUUUGUUUUGAAGAAACUUCAGUCAACGAAAGGUCCAGCGAAGGAUGGGUGAUGAAAUGAGUGUGGAGCAGGAAGCGGAAGCAAUUCUCGAGGCGGAAACGAGCUUCGGGAUGCGUGUGUGGCAUCUGCUGUUUCUAUCCUGUGGAUCCGUGCUCGGUGUCGUCAUCAUGCUGUGCUGCUGCAUACGGUUCCGCAUUCCCCGCACCAAGCAGGACAUCGAGGCGGACUACCAUCGGAAGAAGCUGACGCGCAAGUUCCGCGAGCGGUUGGACUGCAUGAACAAUGCCGAUAUCGACGAGAUGGAUUUGAUCAAAGCGCUCGAGCGUGUCCGGGAGGACUAUGUGGCGGAACAGGAGAAACUGGCGUGCAAGGAAGCGGCCGAAAACAAGGAUAAUCAAGCAAUUGUUACUGUUUGUGAUAAUGUCUAAAGCGUGCGUGCGAUAAUGCGAACGCUAGAUGAAUUAAUUACACUAUCGGCUAUAAUAAUUGAUUGGUUUUAUGCGUAAUGUGACUGUGUUGGUAUUGCAUCUCUGUUUUGAAUUGAAACUCUGUGAUGCUUAAUUGUGGUAAAUUUUAACUACAACAAUGAUUUUGUUGAAAGUUUAGCUUUUAUCAAAAA